AGCUUGACAAACUAUCAUACAGUCCUUCGUUGAAUUGCAGCCAUAGGAUGGAGAAUCCUCAUGCAGAAAGGCAAAAUGUUCUGCUUCAGCGUAUCAUCAAGAACGUUGAUAAAUGCACCGAGAAUAUUCUCGAGCUAAACCAUUGCCUUGACGAGAUUGUUCGAGCGAACGAUCGUGUGGUAACCGCCGCAGAUUUAGUCACUAAGUACCGCAAAAACGUGCAAUACAACCUUGAGGCAAUGCGCAGCAGCGAACCAUAAGAUCGUGCCGACAAAUAAUACCCGUGUUGCAUCUUAUACCGGAAUCUCCAGCAGUGCGUACAUUCUCGGCACUGGAGUACAAAUAUUCUCAAGCGACUACAUAGGAUCUUCGAGCAAUUGUUUCUAGGUAUCCUUGUUAAGGCUGUCAUUUUUUGCGCGUCUUGUAUCAUUUGUGGAUGAUGAUGGCGACACGUUCGACUUGCGGUUCCAUCCGUCCAACUUGGAAAUGAAGACAAAUCUAUAUCGGCAAACCUUUUCUACGAUAUUUCUACUUUUAUAGACCUUCUCUAUAUACCAGCAUGUACAGUAUGGGCUUUAAGAACAACACCCAACCCUAGUCUGUUCUUGGGUGCUGAACC